CGUUGGACCCUUUUGAAGCAAUCCGAAUGACUACAAAGACUCCAUCAAUAAUCGAUUUUGUGCUCGAUCAUCAAGGGGAUGCUGCCCACCCUAGACCGUCAAAUGAGAUAUCUCCAAGCCCUGAAGAAUGCCAAGAGCCUCGAAAGAGCAUUGAGGACAUUGAGGCCGAAUUAGCAGAGAUGACUGCAGCUCUGGAAAAUCGUGAGCGCGAGGAAGAAGAUGAACUCAUGCAAGAAGAAGAAGUAUACCGCAUUCAAGAUAUGUCAGCACAGCAUCAGCAGGAGCUUGACGAGAUUGAUAAGGAAUUGGAGCAGAUCGACAAUCAGGACCGAUUGGCCCAUCAGUCUCUCGAUUUUCAUCUGUCCCCGAGUAUGUUAUUUGACUGAAAAUUUAUUCAUAUUUUUAAUAAU